AGUUUUACGAAGUACUUCGUGUGAACACACCGAUUAAACCCCCGCUGUGUAAAUUAUAUAUCCAGCAUGUGUCAAGGAUAAUAAAAGUGGCUACGAGAUAUACGAAACCAAAGAAAAAAAUCAUUAAUAUGGAAGACUUGUUGGCUCGCAUGGUACAGUUGCAACAGCAACAAUAUCAGCAACAACAGUUGUUACAGCUACAACAGCAACAACAACAAUACCAACAGUUACUGGAAAUAAUGUUGAAGAAGUUUGAAAAUACUUCAGGUUCGUUCUUGUCAGACAGCAUAGCAAAUUCAAUUGGAGAAUUUAUUCAUAACCAAGAAGAAGGUACUACUUUUGCUGCAAUGGAGGAGCCCUGGAUUGAGAUAAAUCCAACUUCAAUUAUGAAUUACAAACGGUAUUUCAACAAAACUAGUUUGCACAGAAAACCCUCGGCAAUUAGACUAUUAACGAGCAUCUUUUUUGAGAAUCCGACAGAAAUUAUUUCUAUGGCUGGUGGUAUGCCAAAUAACAGUUUAUUUCCAAUACUUUCUGGCACCUUCCAACUUCGAGAUGGUACUUCACUCACAAUAAAUGAAGCUGACAUGGAGAGGGCAUUACAAUAUUCAAUGACAGAAGGGUUCCCAGAAUUAAUAGACUGGAUCGACAUGCUGCAAAAGGACAUCCAUGGAUUGCCACUGCAAAACUGUACGGAUGACAGAAAGAGUAAAACAAUCAUCACGGCCGGCAGUCAAGAUGGUUUAUCGAAGAUGUAUGAAGCAGUUAUUAGUGAAAAUGAUUACAUUCUAAUUGAAACUCCUUGUUACUCAGGAACUUUGUGUGCUAUUAAACCUCUUCGACCCAGAUUUCUUAAUAUCAGCACAGACAAAGAUGGAAUUAUUCCUAGCGAACUAUUACGAGCUCUCUCUCGAUGGUCUCCACUUGAUGCCAAAAAUCCAAACAGUGACAUACCGAAAAUUCUUUUCAUGGUACCAACUGGUGGAAAUCCAACAGGUGUCAACUAUUCUUUGGAGCGAAAGAAGGAAAUCUAUGAAAUUGCCAGAACUUAUGACUUAUUAAUCAUAGAAGAUGACCCGUAUUAUUACCUACAGUUUUCUCAGGAUUACAUUCCAAGCUUUUUGUCAAUGGAUGUUGAUGGCAGAGUUCUUCGAUCAGACUCUUUCUCCAAACUUCUUUCUGCAGGACUGCGGUGUGGUAUUUUAACAGGACCAAAGUAUGUCAUUGAACAAAUAUUGUUACAUAUGCAGACAUCAGUGGUCCAUGCCAGUGGUUUGGCACAGAUGUUAAUUCUCAGAAUACUGGAAAAGUGGGGAUUAGAUGGUUUUAAGAAACAUGCUAUAAAAUCUGCUGAGUUUUACAAAGAACGUUGUCAGUUUACCAUAGAAACUGCUGAAAAGUAUUUAAAAGGUAUUGCAGAAUGGAAUAAGCCAGCUGGGGGUAUGUUCCUCUGGUUGAAGCUGGUUGGAGUCACAGAUACUUCUCGACUUAUAAUGGAGAAAGCAAUAAAGAAAAAAGUUCUCUUUCUCCCAGGAAAUGCCUUCCUUUAUGAUGACACAAAACCAUGCCCUUAUAUAAGGGUAGCCUUUUCUAAAAACUCUGACAAAGAAAUAAUUAUAGCUUUUCAACGUUUGGCAGAAUUGGUGAAGGAACACAGAGGUUAUUGAAUGACAAUUCUAUUUGUGGUUCAUUGUUAUAACAGGUUUUUGGUAACUAAUUACAGGUCGUUGGCUGGAUGGAAACAAUAAAAUAUUCAACCUAACAUACUUUUACUUUUCUCCUUUCUAUUCUGAAUUUAAAAAAGUGAUUGGAGGCCCCGUUUUUCACCCCCAAACAAUCAAUAAAAUAUAUAGUGAUAAUAUG